ACUGUUACAGUACUCUGACUAGUCACAGAAAGACUGUAGAGGGGCAGGUGGUUUUCUGAAAAUGUCAGGCUGCUAUCACUGUUGUUCACAACUUUGAGAGGUGUUUUCAACCGCUGUGGUGGCAAAAGAUAUCCUAGCAUACAUAAACUUUUGGAUAAAUGGACAAUUACAAGAGCCAGGUUAGGUGAGCAGUGCUGCGGAAUUUAAGUCUGACAUGAAAUCACGGCUGAGCAACAGAUCAAGGAAGCACGUCUCGGAGAUAGGUCUCGGAUGUUAUCCCUUCUUGUGAGCUUCGGACACCAUCCCAUCUAGCCAGGUGUGACAAGAAGACUGUCCCUUGGCUUUCAGUUGUCCUCUGUCAAUCUUGACGUCGGCCUGGUGAGAUUUGGAGACAAGGCAGAGUUUUUGCAUCCAGUUUGACUCAUCAUCUGGUCCCAGGCCACCCAACCAGCGUAAAAGGAGAGACCCCGUCCCUUGCCCACCCUCCCCUGCUGCUAGCUUGCACCAGCAUGGCAGACAGUCGACAGCCAGAAGACGGUGCCCCCCAGUGGGACCCAUCAGGGGGGCAGGAACCCACAGGCACCCAUGGGGCCAAUGGCUACAAUAACUCCGCGUACAGGACCUGCCAGCCUGGUGCCACCCACAUGGCUACGACACCCUACUCCGCCAGGGAGAAUGGCUUCAAUGGGGAAUUAACUGGUGCUCACGCUGUUACUGCAGAGCAAGUGUCGGCGCGGAUUGUACAGGAAGUGACAGCAGAGGCAGUUGCAGUGCUGAAGGGCGAACAGGAGACUCAAAGGCUGCCAUCAGUUGAAGACACCACAAAUUUGCCUCCUUCUCCACCCCCGUCGCCUGCUGCGGAGCACUUUGGUCCUCUGGAACGAGAUGUAGGGGAUGAGGAGGAGGCGGGGCCUCUCCGCCGCUUCCAAAAUUCUCGGGAGAGGUGCAAGUUCCUCGCCCCCUCCAUCUCAGUUUCCGUGCCCGAGGACGACCCCUACCACUCCGACGAGGAGUACUAUGAGCACCCAUUGUUCAGCCCAGAGUGGACGCACUCGGGCUCUCGCCCCACAGGGCAGGCCGUGGCCUUUAGACAGAUUGAAGAAGAGACCAUGGAGGCUCUUACAGCUGAAUACGAGGAGGAGGAGGAGGUGGAAGAGGAGGAGGAGGAUGAGGAGGAGGAGGAGAGUGCAGAGGCAGCAGAGUCCGAGGCAGCUCUUGAUGAGCAGCAGUGGAGCGGGGAAGAGCCUGAGCUGGACAGCCCCCAAGCUGAGCCCUUAGAGCAGGCAGAGGGCGUAGACGAGGCCCAGGAUCUAGACCUGGAGCCGGCUGAAGCAGCUAGUGCUGCUGCAGAGAGCUCUCUGGAAAGAGAGGAGGAGGAAGCAGAGGGUGAGGAGAGCCCUGAGACAGCUUUGAAGAUGGACUCAGACAAGCAGGGCAGCGAGAAAAGUGGUUCCAUGAGCCCAGACAGCAUUGGAUCGGAGAAACGCCCAGAGGAGUUUUUUGAGCCCCAGGUCCAAGGGUUCUUUGCUGGGGAACGAGUUGUGCCAGAGAGCCCCACCAUGGAUAUGCCAUCAUUUGUACCGCCUAGUGUUGAAAACCAAGCCAAAAAAUCCCCCACCAAAUCACUCACACUUCAGCCUACGUACGGUGAGCCGAUCACGGUGUCAGAGAAACAGGCUUCAGUCGAGGUGGUUGAGUUCAGCAGCAUUGGAUCUCCAUGUGAUUUCUCUGCAAUGGGAGACAAAGUUCAAGGAGGAGACUCAACGAGAGAUGCAAGAGACAGAUCUGGAAUGUCGGCAUAUUUUGAAACAUCAGCCAUGGAGGUUGAUGAAGCUCCUCCAUGUAAGGGUGAGGGUUAUUAUGAACUGAGCAGAGCUGGUGACGAGAAGAGUGCAGUUGAUUCCAGAUCUCAGGAGAUCAGCUACAGCACACUAACUGAAGCCCAGGAUAAACCAGAAACAACAAAAGACACUAGAGUGUUCACAGUCCCUGACAGGAGUAAUGACUGCAGGCUUUCUCCUGGUAAACUUGCCUUAGAACAGAGGAGUUACUCACUUAACAUCACUAUUGGAGCACUGGAUCAAAGUGGCCAAGGCAGACCUAGGAACUUCUCCCCACUAGCCACAGAUAUCAUGUCAUACACUAGUGGAAGUUUAGAUGAGUCAGCAGACUACCUCCCAGUCACUACACCCUCUGUUGAUAAGCCUCCAUCCUUCCCUCCCCUGAUCUUAGAGACUGCAGCUUCCGUCACUUCAGAUUCAUCAUCUCCUCCUAGGACCACUGAGCCAGUGUCGAAACCCAGCCCUGAACCAGCAUCACCAGAAUCACCACAGCCUAAUAAGGGCACAUAUAAAAAUGGCACAGUGAUGGCACAAGACUUACCUGAGAUGCUGGACCUUGCUGGCACCCGUUCCAGACUUGCAUCAGAAAACAAUGACCCAGAAAUUACCAGAAGAAAGUCGAUUCAAGCUGAUGCUCCUGCCUUCGCCGAUGACCCACUGGCUGGCCUUGUUUCAGGGGAACAGAGUCCCAGAAAGAGUGACAGCCAGCUGGAAGAAAUGGGCUAUUGUGUCUUCAGUGAAUAUUCAGGGCCAAUGCCUUCUCCUGCAGAUGUGUUCAGCCCCACAGACACUUCUGCACAGGUCUUCAAACACUCUGUCUUGGAGGAGAAAGUGGCUGAGCAGGCCAGGAAAUUAGCGGUCAGAGACACAUCUGUGGAGGACAACAUCCAGCCAUCAGGAGUAACUGAUGUCAGUGAGGAGAAGGACCAGAAACAAGCAGAGAGAAAAGACUCUGAAGUUGAAGAAAAGGGCAAAGAGGUUGUGGAUGAUCAGCUGAAUAAAACUGUAAUUGAGAUGCCAACUGUUCAGCCGAGUGAGACAUUUGUAACACCAACAGUCACUGUGACUCUAGAAGAAGGCGGGAGGUCAGAUAGUGAGACUCAGCGACAGGCCAGCGGGGAAGGCUCAGCGUCAGAAACUGAGAUUGCCGACUAUGAGAGGCAGAUCCGCAAAUUGGAGAUGGAGGGCAGGCCUCUCAGUUUGGAGGAGGAGAGAGAAUUGCAGGAGCUCAGAGAGAAGGUGAAACUGGUCCACCAGGAGGCCUAUGAGGAAGUGGAUGCAGAGGAUGUGUACCAGCUGACUGGCGUGGCCAAGGACCGAAUUGCCAGGCCUGUCAAAACAUCACCUGCUUCGUCCGUGGAGAGCAACAUUGAUGAUGACAAGCUUCUCUCCCCAGUGCUCUCACCUUCCAAGCUUAAACAAAGAGAAGUCUAUGGCUCCCCCAAAAGAACACCCUCACCUGUGUUAGGAAUAAACAAAGAGGAAAAAGAGAAAGAGGAGUCAGAAAGAAAGAUGAGGGAAGCGCAAGAAAAGGAAGCAGCCGAGAAGAAACUGAAAGAAGAGAAAGAAGAGGCUGAGAGGAAAGAAAAGGAAGUGAAAACGGAAAAGGAGCAAAAAGAAAAGGAGGAAAAAGAGAGGAUGGAGAAGGAACGUAAAGAGAGGGAGGAGAAGGAGAAGAUAGAGAAGGAAUUGAAAGAAAAAGAGGAGAGAGAGAAAGUGGCCGAGAUGGACAAAAAGGUUGCUGACAAGCCUGUUGAGAAAGAGGAGCAAGAGGAAGACAUGUUGGAUAAAGCAGGGGCAGCAAAGGAGAUCCUAGAGACUCGUGCUGCCAUUGAAUCAGUGGUGACGGUCGAAGAUGAUUUUAUCACUGUGGUCCAGACCAUCGACGAAGCAGACGAGCCGGGACACAGCGUUCGUUUCUCUGCUCCACCUGAGGCUGUAGCCCUUUGCGCCACUGCCCAGAAAGAGGAGGAAGAGGAAGAGGAGGAGUCUGUGGAGUUGGCCCAAGAAGCAGACAUGGAGGCUGCAAGUCUAGAGGAGGUGGGUGAUGUUCCUGAGACCUCUGCCUCCCCCGAGAAAGAGGCUCAAACCGUAGAAACUGAAGAGCCAACAGAAAGCUAUGAUAGAGAUGAAACCACGAUGGAUGACUCCAUCCUGGACAGCUCCUGGGUCGACACACAAGAUGAUGAUAAGAGUAUGUUAACGGAGCAGAUUGAGCCUUUGCCCAAGGUGUCGAGCCCAGCACAAAAGUCCACCGUAGUCCAGAAAAAGCAGACACAACAGAAGAAGAUGGAGAAACAGGAGAAGCCAGUGAAACCAAAGGCCAAAGGAGGGAGGCCCAAAGGCCGAAUCUCCACACCAGAGCGCAAACCUGUUCGCAAAGAGCCUGUCUAUAUCCCUAGAGAGGAAGUCAAGAAGAAAAAAGCUGUGAUAAGGAAGACUGAACUCACCAAAAAGAUGGAUACUCAGUCUCAGUCUCCAGUCAGGAGGAGCGUGGUGAAACCAGCUGUUCGCCAGACCCGCCCUACCCAGCACCACUCCUGUCCUAGAAGGAGAACCACAGAGGCCCUACCAGACGGUCGUCAGCCUCUCAGUGUGGCCAGACAGUCUCGAGACAGAGCAUCAUGCCGUGCUCAGCGUUUGCCACUAACAAAGAUCCCUACCUCCACAUCCAGAGUGGCUGUCUCAUUAGAUAGACAUCGGCCAUCUUCAGUAGAGCCUCAGGGCUCCCCAGUAUUACAGAGGUUCAUAGCUAAGGACGGUGGCUCAUGGAGCCCAGACAAGAGGUCUUCUCUGCCACGGCAUGCCAUUCUGAGUCGCCGUGGAUACCAUGACCAGGAGGACAGCUCCACUUCCAUUACAAGUUCGGGUUCCACGGCUCCUCGCAGACCCACAUCGUUUCGCACAGAGAUGAGGGCAGAGCACAGGACAGGACGAGCUCCUAGUAUGACAGUUACAGAAACAGUGCGCUCCCGUUCAGCUCGUAGUGGCCACUCCACCCCCCGCACCCCUGGCUCCACAGCCAUCACUCCAGGAACCCCUCCCAGCUACUCAUCAUCCUCAAGGACCCCUGGUACCCCACGCUCCCUCAGCUUGAUCUCCCAGGAGAGGAAGGUGGCCGUGGUACGCACCCCACCCAAGUCACCCGCAACAACACCCAAACAGCUGCGCAUCAUCAACCAGCCACUGCCUGACUUCAAGAAUGUCAGGUCCAAGAUUGGUUCCACAGAGAAUAUCAAGUACCAGCCGAAAGGAGGACAGGUUCUCAUCCCCAGUGUUAAGCUGGACUAUAGCCAUGUUCAGUCUAGGUGUGGGUCCUUGGACAGGCGGGGCUACUCGGCAGGAGGUGGAAACGUGCUGAUACAGAACAAGAAGAUCGACUUGAGCCACGUGACCUCCAAGUGUGGCUCUUUAGACAACAUCCAUCAUAGGCCAGGGGGCGGUCACGUGCGUAUAGAGACUGUGAAGUUGGACUUCAAAGACAAGGCCCAAGCCAAGGUGGGUUCCCUGGAUAAUGCUCACCACACUCCUGGUGGAGGCCACGUCAUGAUCGAGAGCCACCGGCUGACGUUCCGCGACAACGCCAAGGCGCGAGUGGACCACGGAGCCGAGAUCGUCGUCCAGUCUCCUGGCCUGUCUGGCUCGGUGUCUCCGCAGCGCCACCGGGACAGCCACCUAUCCUCCUCCGGCAGUCUCAACAUGAUGGAUUCGCCACAGUUAGCCACCCUGGCGGAGGACGUCACUGCAGCUCUGGCCAAGCAGGGCUUGUGAACACUGGGUCUCUGGAUUCCCGCUCUGCACCCGAGGCGUCCUCGCCCUGAUCCCUUUGAACUUCUCUGCCCACUUCUGCCACCCUGAGGGCCGACCUCAGAUAAACCACAGCCUCUUAACAUCUCCUCAGACCCAACAUUCAACUUUUAAGUAGAGACUCGAAUUAGGAGCUACUGUACGGUUCUCUUUAUUUCCUGUCUAUUUUAAAUCCAAGUAUGUGCUAUUUCUUAUUCAUUUCGUUGGCCUCUCUCUUUUUUGAAUGAUGUUGCAUAGAAUAGUUCAGUCUGAGCACUGGUCCUAGAUUAAGUGGUUUACACAAAGUAGAGACCAGGUAUUGGCUUGACUGGUCCUGGAUCAGUGUUCUGAAGAAGCUACAGCCUUUUUUUCUACAUUAAUUAAGAAGUAAUGCGGCCAAGCGCACCACACAGCACGUGUUGUUCUUGCUCAGUAAAAAGUGCAUGGACGCCAAACCCCCCCUUAACGAACCAAGCAUCCUUACUGCAAGUCAUUCUUGUCAUCCAAUAUAUAAUAUAUUUAACAAAUAUAUAUAGAAACGUGUAUAAAAAUACAAGUUCUUCGCCAUCUACAUGUCCUGAAAACAUUUUAAAAGGAAGCGACAAUAUGGCUAUAAAAUAUACCUGUAAAAUUGCAUUACUGCAAGAACUAGGUCAUGUUAUGACAAGCAUGUAUUGAUUCUAAUAUUAAAAGAGGCUAUUUUGUAAUCUAAAAAAAAAGGAUUUUAGUAAGUUAUUUCCUCAAUUAUUGGAUAAAGGUAAAAACAAGUUCAUGUUUUGUAGUUAUUAGUUGUUUACAGUGUAAUGCUUGGUGACAGUGUCAGACUGCUGAAUCGGUGUUGCUAAGGAAUGCAUCUCAGUCCUGUUGAAGAGAAUCACACACUUGUACCUGCUCAGUAGUUCAAUAUAGACGCCUGUUUAUACAUUAAAAACAGUUAUAAACACCGGAGCUCACUCCACAGACCUCCGACCAUGAAGGAAAAACAAGUAUCUUGUCGUUACAGCUGCAGAUAUUCGGCUCACGUGAAUGAACAGUACAGACACUUCCUCCUCUAACGCAGGCUGAUGAUGCGCUGUUGUUCGACUGAUGUGUCGAACCACCGAGGACGACGCUUCGAACGCGGCCUGAGAUUGAGCAGAAGAUGCAGCUACUCUGAAAUCUGUCUGUGUGUGCGUUUUUUGGUGCAGAUCCCAUGCCGUUUUACGACGUAUGCUACCGUAUCUGGAUGUUUCGUUGCAAUAUGUGGGAGAAGAACGUGGACUUAAAAAAAAAAAAAAUAUUUUGAAAAAUCCAUUAAAAAGACAAUUCAUGGAGAAAAAUUUUAAAAAAAAACAGCCGAGGGGAACUCGGAUCCUGUUACAUCUGUUAGGAAACCAAGUGUUUGGGUGAUCUAGUUUCUUUUUUCAGACACCGUUUGUGGUAUAUCCUGCCUCCUGCCUAAUUACUGCCCUCACCUGCGACUGUUUGUUUGCUUCUGUGUUUUUUCUGCAUACCCCAUCUCCGUGUGCCCCCUUCCCACCUCCCCGCUCCACCCUACAGCAACUGUAAAUGUAUUUAAAAGGUCAAGUAGAUGUACGCAGUUUUUCUCUUGUUGAUAUGACACCAAUUACAGUAAUUAAUGACAAUAAAAAGGACAAAAAGUGA